CAUCAUCACCAAGAAGUUUUUGAAAAUUUUGAGCUUUAACAAUUCCCAAACAGAGCCUCUGUUAUCUUCAUUUUUCCAAAACUAGAAACCAAAGAUGAACCAAAACCAAGGCUCGGGCAUGAAACAGAGCUACCAAGCUGGCCAGGCCAAGGGCCAAGCUCAGGAGAAGGCUAGCCAAAUGAUGGACAAGGCUGGCAAUGCUGUUGAAUCUUGCAAAGAUUCAAUGCAAGAGGCAGGGCAGCAAAUGAAGGCCAAGGCUCAAGGGGUUUGUGAUGCUGCCAAGGAUUCCACUGGAAUGAAGUGAUCAAUGGAUCCACAACUCUCUCUCUCUCUCCAAUUCCAUUUUGGACCCUUCUAGUCUUUGAAUUUUAUUUUUAUUUAUUUAUUUAUUUAUUUUUUAGUUUCCAUUUGAACAAAGAGAGCUUCUUCAUGGAUUUCUCAGCCUAGCUAGCUAAGUUCUUCAUGUUCCAAGUUUUCAGAUGUAUUAAGGGAAUUCAAUGGAUUUAAUUUAAUAACUUC